AGUGAUCGUAUGAAUCCGUAGAGUGAAUAUACAAACUGUUUAAUGCACUCUAUUCAGCAGUGUAACGCUAAACUGUGGCCUGCAGGUGAACCUUAUGCAAGCUUCGGUCAAAACACGCUUACACAAAACUGCGCCCAUGCGGUGAAUACACCUAAGUGGACCUUAUAGUUUAUAGGCUGGGUCACUGGAAAACAAAGGAACAUAUUCGCCGAAACAACAGCCUCAUUCUGACUAAGUCUAACUGCGGUACAUCCACUGGAGCGAACAAGCACAUGAUGUUUUGAGUCACGCGAUUUAUCACGCUAAAAGUAUCAGCUGCGGUCCACUUAUUGUUCAAAACACAAAACCCAAGUUUUGGUCGAUCGUUGGUCUGCUAGAGAUAGAAGCUAGAAGCUGCGCAGCAGUGUCCCUUGUAACAAAGCGGACUAUCACCUCAGGUACAGGCGCCACCAUAUCAACAAACAGCGAGGAGCCAGUACACCUCUCCAACCAAAAUGGAUUUUAAAACUCUGCCGAUCGUUCUAUCAUUUCUGCUGCUGUUUUCUUUGUGUGUGGCUGGAUGGCCAAGUUUGAAGUUUGGAAACGAUAUCAUAGAAAGCUUAGAGAAAGAAGUAAAGGUUGUAAAAAGUAGCGUUAAAUUUGCGAAGCUAAAGCUGUGGACUAACUGUGGCCAGGCUAGUGAUCCUAUUGUCGUAAAGAACUUGACACUUUCGCCACAGCCCGUACGAGUACCUGGGAACAUAACAGUCAGCGGAGCAGUUAUUUUUAAGGAAAAUCUGGUCUCACCUAUCUCAGUUAAGGUGACCAUGGAAGCCAAAGAGUUCUUCUGGAUCACUCUUCCAUGUGAAGACAACGUAGGCAGCUGUUCAUAUGCCAAUGUAUGCGCUAUGAUGCCACCCUCCCAACAGUGUCCGCCUCAGCUUGUUAAGAUCGGGUUACAGUGCAAGUGCCCGGUGAAAGCAGGCACAUACGUUGUACCCCCUCUUAGCGUCGCCCUACCAAAACCGCCCAUAAGCGUCCCGGCAACUACACUCAAAGUUAAAGCAGAAUUCAGUCACAAGGAACAGGCACUAGGAUGCUACCAACUGGAAUUUGCUGUGAACUAACAGAAGCGCGCUCUUUUGGUGUUAACGAUCGGCUGUUCAAACUUUUCUACAUUGCCUUAAAUGACGCACUAAUGUGACUGUACAGAAGCAAACAAAUCUCAAAAGCCAACAUAGAUAUACUUUCUACAUAUAUGCUUUUUAAUAUGAAAAUAAAGUUAACUAAGUUU